CAGCCGUCGAUGCGUGGAUGCUUCUCGUCCCGGCGGGACGCCGCCGUGCUCCGACAUCUUCCGGGUGACACUCGGACGUUGUUUCGCGGGUUGGAGCGGAGUAGAGCUGCCACGAGCUUCGGAGAACCAACCAGAACAGGAUGCAGCCGGCGCGGAGUACAGAACACGAAAAGAACAAUAUGAGCAUCGAUUGGAGGCGAUCUAACGAGUCAGGACUCGCAAGGCUGCAUUGAGGAGGACACUCCACAUGCAGGAGGCGGCAAUGCGCCCACACCCACUACUGUCCGCCGGAAAUAGGAAGUAGAAGAAGACGCAAGGCUACAUGCUAACGCUGCUAACCAACAGGGAAGUAACACGGCGUGCGAGCUGUUAGCGUUAAAUCCACGAAAGAGGAAACCAUUACUUGUUCUGAAAGGAAAUCGAGGCAGAAGAAGAAAAUUUGGGAUUGGAACUAGGAUUAAGAUAAGGACCACGUCCAUCGCUAUUUUUGAACAAAAAGAAGUGAUCAAGUCUGCCGGUGCCUCCAUUCUCUCUCAGCAGUACCAACAUCCCCACCACCAUGUCAGAUGGCCGGAUCUAUGUGGGGAAUCUCCCCGUGGACAUCCAGGAGAGAGACAUUGAGGAUCUCUUCUACAAAUAUGGAAAAAUCCGUGACAUCGAGUUGAAGAACAAUCGAGGCACUAUUCCUUUUGCUUUUGUCCGAUUUGAGGAUCCACGGGAUGCGGACGAUGCUGUCUAUGGAAGGAAUGGAUAUGGUUAUGGAGACUCCAAGCUACGUGUGGAGUAUCCUCGAUCUUCUGGUGCUAAAUUUGGCCCUAUGGGUGGAGGUGGUGUUGGUGGAGGAGGAGGUAAUGAUGGAGAAAGAGGAGGACCUAGGGGAAGAUUUGGACCCCCCACUCGAAGAUCUGAAUUCCGGGUCAUAGUCUCUGGAUUGCCGCCAACUGGGAGCUGGCAGGAUCUGAAGGAUCACAUGCGCGAGGCUGGAGACGUCUGCUUUGCGGACGUGCAGCGGGACGGAGAGGGCGUGGUGGAAUUCCUCCGCAGAGAGGACAUGGAGUACGCGUUACGCAGGCUGGAUCGGACCGAGUUCCGCUCGCAUCAAGGAGAGACCGCGUACAUCCGCGUCUUCGAGGAGAGGGGCACCCCGAACUUCAGCCGGUCGCGUUCCCGCUCCAGAUCCAGAGGUCGCUAUUCGCCUCCCUUUCAUAACCGAGGAUCUCCACCCGCACGCUACCAGUCGCCUCCACGCCAUUCUAUGUCCCGCCAUAGUCCACCCCCCAGGAGGCACCCGCCACAGCACCACAGCCCACCGCCACGUCAUUAUCGGUAGAAUCGCCGACCACUUCUAGAGGAAUCGGGGAAAGUGUUUUGUAAUUCUUUUUAUUUUUCAUUUUAACCACAGGCCUCCUUGUUUAAUAUGAUCGUUGUUGUUUCUUUCUACACACAUUCCAUUGUCAUGAUUAGCUGAACACUUUGCUUCUCCCCAAUGCCGGAGAUUUCAUUUUUCAUUGUUCUAUGAAUCGUUUAUGUGGAAUUGGGAUUGUUGAUUUAGUUUUUAUUUCUUCCUUCUACAAUGUAACAUUUUGGAGGUUUCUUUUAUAAAGAAAUCCUGUGUUGUGAUGUCAAACCUUGACAGCAAUGGUAAUGUUUAUUGUCCAAAACAAAUUUUGCAGAUAUCUGGCUACGGGUCACGCUGCUUUUUAAAUGAUCAACAGUCUAUAUUGUGAAGUAUGACGUCUUUUUGCCAAUCCAAGAAAAUCUCAUACUCCGAUUUGAAACACAUACAAUUAGAUAACCUUUUUUUAGUGUAGCUACACACAUUAACUGUGAGCCUCGCUUUAAUGUUUGAACCUGAUACUGAGGUGGCCUGUAGGUCUUCACUGUGGUUUUUUGUUUACCAAUAAAAUGCAAACUUCUACUGCAGUUUAA